GAGAGCGGAAACCAACUAGUUUGAUAGUCCUUCUCUUCUGAGCUCCAUACUUUAAACUACAGAGUGUGUGGGAGAGUUAAUUUAAUAACACAGAGCCGAAGUACGCGUCUCGCGCGCACGUAUCCUCUCCCCGCCAGCUGGACGUCAGGUGAAACGUCGCGUCACUGAGCGGAGCGUCAUAAUUAUUAACUUUUAAUAUUAAAACACCUCUUUUGGGACAAGGAAAGAAUAUUGGGAGGUGGGGGGAAACAAAGAAAGAAAGAAGAACAAAAGGUAUGGCAGCGACUUUACCCAGAACCCUUGGGGAGUUGCAGCUCUACCGCAUCCUUCAGAGAGCCAACCUGCUGUGCUACUACAAUGCGUUUAUCCAGCAGGGUGGCGACGAUGUUCAGCAGCUCUGCGAGGCCGGCGAGGAUGAGUUUCUCGAGAUAAUGGCUCUUGUGGGCAUGGCUAGCAAGCCACUGCAUGUCAGACGCCUACAGAAAGCUCUGCGUGACUGGGUCACAAACCCUACUCUUUUCAAUCAACCUCUCACUUCCCUGCCCGUCUGCAGCAUCCCAGUCUACAAGCUGCCUGAGGGGUCACCUACAUUGUUGCCUGGUAAUGGUGCCAGAGGUGACACCCAAGUCAAAGUGCCCAAGUGUUUGGCGGCUACCUGUGUGGACCCAGGAAAAGGAGAGGUGGGCAAUGGAAGCUCUUCGGCGACUGCUUCACCCCUACAAAGCGGUAGUGAGCCGCGGUUUUGGGCCAGUCACGGUACAGAGAGUGAGCACAGUCUAUCCCCAGCGGACCUGAGCUCCCCGUCUUCCCCUCGGGAUGGACUUGAGGUACUUGACCUGGCCGCGGUUCAGUCCGUGGCAGAGUGCGUAGAAAGAAUUGCACAGACUUUGCCCAAAUGUGACCCAGGAGAGGUUAAAGAAUUAUUAAAGGGCAACAAGAAGCUAGCCAAAAUGAUCAGCCACAUAUUUGAAUUGAGUGAAGAGGAUCCCCAUAGAGAGGAGGAAAUCCGCAAGUUUAGCGCCAUAUAUGGAAGAUUCGACUCUAAGAGAAAAGAUGGAAAGCACCUGACUCUGCACGAGCUGACCGUGAAUGAGGCCGCAGCUCAGCUUUGCAUGAAGGAGGCGGCAUUGCUUACUCGCAGAGAUGAGCUUUUUGGACUGGCACGUCAGGUCUCUCGAGAGGUCACCUAUAAAUACACCUACAGAACCAGCAAAUCACGAUGUGGCGACAGAGACGAGCCAUCCCCCAAGAGAAUAAAAACUGAGGAGGGGUGUUUUGACCUCCAGGAGGCACUACAGGCCAUUCAGAUGCGCCAGGAGACACUUAAAGAGCAGCUAGCCCAUGCCAGGUCCAAGGGCGAAGAGACAGUUGGGCGGAACAUCCAGAUUCAGCUGGAGCGCCUGUUGGCCAAACAGAUGGAGAUACUGCAUGACGCUGCAGCUCAGGACAGACUGCAGGCUCUAGAGUGGAGGGUUCCACCAGGUCCAUACAAACACAGUGCAGAAAGGCUGAAGAUCAAUGGUGUUUCCACUGACAAAAAUGCUGAACAGGGAGAGAGGCCGCUGAAUCUGAGGGUGACCAGCCAGAGGACAAGUGCAUCAGAGGGAGAGACGCCUCUUGGAAAGCAGCUGGCCAAAGAGUUGAAGAGGCAUCAUCAAGCUAAUAUUGAGAGCAAGAUAUCAGCAGCCACAGAAAACGGAGGAGACACAUCUUCACGUGCCCUCAACCUCUCAGAGAAGAAGACCAUCAAAUCAGAGCCGGAUGAUUCCAGAUAGCAGCCCGGAAUUCUUUUUUGUUUUUAAACCUAUAACAAUAUAUUCGUUAUCUGUCAGUGAAUACUAAACAAGCACAACUACAGUAGAGCCUUAACAACCAAUGUUGCCUCAAAAUAGAGUUUAUUUUAGUUUCUCACCAUUUUUGUUUUUGCCAAAGUACCUAGAGCCCUUAUUUUCAUUCUCCUGAGUAGAUUUACACUGUUUGUGCUGUCACUGACUGUACUUGUUGUUCACUAGCUCUACUCACUUGUUUUUUCUGUUCAUGCUUUCUAUCUCCAGUUAGUGUGGACCAUGAUGUCCGCUAUUUGUACAUAUAUUUGUAACACAGAAAAUGUCUGUUUGAAAAUAAUGUUAUUUAAAUACAGUAUGUGUUGUAUGUAUUGUAGAUAUGAAUACAUGUAAAAUGGGGAGGGACACAGUGUUGUUGUCUUAAAAUGUUCGUUGUUUGUUGUCACCUAUUUAAGUGAGCCUUCUGAAUUGAAUUUCCCUUUAUGGGAGAAUAGCUCAUUGACAUUUACUCCGUCAGGGUUUCUGAUAGCAAUGCUUGUGAAUCUGAAUUUACACGUCUCCUAUGGUGCUAUGGUUGUAUUUACUUACUCACAGAGGUAUACAUUGGUACUAACAGAUUGCUAUUUAAACACUGAAAUCUUUGAACACAUAAAAAAAAAAAAUUAUUAAUCACUUUUUUGUUUUUCAGUAAAAAGAAGCAAAAUUGUGUUAAGAUAACAAGACUUGUUGUUUUCCUUGUUUUAAGCAUAAACCUCACGAAAACAUUUUUUACGAGUUUUGCUUAAAACAAGAAAACUAUUUGCAAGUUAAGUCUUCAUAUCUAAUACACUUUUUUUCUUAAGAAAGUUUAAGGAUGUUUAAAUACAAGACAAAAAUACUGAGACGGUGAAUUAUUUAAUGAACCAGAUAUUUGGUUUCCUUGUUAUUGUGAAUGAAUAGUAAUGCCUGAUUUGUUCCUAUUAAGAUAUUAAGCACAAUUCAUUCAUGUCGUCGUACUUUCUACAUUCUUACGAGUGAAACCAAAAAAAUACUACAAUUGUAAAGCAUGUCUGUGAAAUAACAAUUCCACUCCUUAACAUUAGAAAACAGUAGUGUAAAUAGUUUAAAAUGACUGCAUUUGAUUACAGGGCACAUUACUGCACCAUUUCAGUCUAUCAUAAUCACGUAAUCUAUUGUAAUUAUUAAUAUUUAGUAGUAGAGCAAUACCGGGUAGCUGUUGUCACUCAACUCAGUGAAAGUGUCUAGGUGUCCCAACCACAGAGGAUAUUCACUGUACAGUAUUUCUACUCUGUUUAUUAGUGUAAACAUAGUCUUAGAUUCAGCUAACGUGCAAAUGUAUUUGAAACUUAUAUGCACUAGUGUUUUAUUCUAAAGGAAUUUUUAGAAUUUGCAUCCUAUUGCUCAACAUUUCUUGUGUUUCUCAAUGGUGAUAAAUUUUUUUGUAAGACUUGUACCGUGAUAUCUGCCUAUCAUUGGUUUGGCCUUGAUUGACACUCUCUGUGCAGUUUUAGAGUACUAUGUAAGGUGAAUUAGGCACAAGAUAAUCAGGUUUUCCACAGUUAUAUGUCUGUAAUGCACCGGUCAAGCUGUUAUAUGUCAUCUGUAUUUGUGUUGAUGACAAAUACCUCUUUCUAUCGGUAUUGGUGACCGAUAUUAACAGUCUGAUCAUACACUUCAGUAUUUUGAGGGAAUGUGGGAGAUGUUGUCUGUGCUUUUAUUUUUUUAGGAUUACUUUCAGAGAUGAAAGAGACCUUAAGUAUGCAAAAUCUUCCUUAAUUUAAGUGCCAUUUUAAUCCUAUUUUUGAAAUUGUGGUUGGCGAGUGAUAAGUGUGGUGAUAUGUUGAAGUAUUACAUUGAAUAUAUUAAAGGCGAGCAUUAUAACGGCAGAUUAUUAAAUAUCUGAUGAUUGUUUUCAACUUUUUGCCUUAGUUUAAAGCAUUCCACAUUAAGAUGUUCAGUUAAUUGAGUGUUGUUUUGGUGGAAGUUUAUUUUGGAUGUUUGUUUUCGGUGGAAAGGACAAUGAGAAUUGGAAGUUGUAUGACAAUUGAGACUUCAAGGGAUAGUUUAACCAAAAAGGACAAUUCUGCCAUUAUUUUGUCACCCUCAUGUCCUUGGAAUUGUGCUUAACAUACUUGUGUUGCAAGAAAGAGAGUCAUAUGGGUGAGUAAAUAAUGACAGAAUUUUCAUUUUUGGGUUAAAGCCUUGGCAAUAUUAAGUUAUCUAAGAAAACUGAAACAAAUUUGGUUGUUGAAAACAAUAACAUGCUCAGUUUGAAAAAGAAAAAAGCUCAUAUAUCUGAUUGGACCUCACCUUUACCAGUGACCUAUAUAACAAGACAUAUCUAGAUGCCUACCUUUUUUCCUUACUUGUUUCUGUCUCUAACCAUUUACAAAACAUGACCUGUCUUACUCCUCUCUUUGUACUUGCUUUGUAUAAUAGACUUAUGCAUCUUGGACUGUGGGAUAAAACUGUGUUGUCGGUAGAACUUGUUCUCAUCACUUUUAAGUAGAGAGUAUAUUAGCAUAUGCAUACAGUAGUCCUGCACAUAUUGUUUUGUAAACACUAAUAUAUUUAAUUUGUUAUA